GACGGCGGGCCCGCCUCGCUGCCCCAGGGCACGCCCCCGCAGCCGCCCCCGCAGCCGCAGCCGCUGCCCGAGACCGAGCAGGAGUGCGCCGAGGUGUUCCAGGAGCGCAUCCGCGCCGCGCACGGCCGCCAGCUGCUGCCGCUCGUCGAGGACCUCGCCGACUGGAUCAACAAGACGCUCGGGCUGGACUGCGUGACGGGGGACAACUUCUUCGACGUGCUGGACAACGGUGCUCUGCUGUGCAGGUUAGCCAGGCUCAUCCACGAACGUGCCCAGGCACUCGCCGAUCGAGGUGACAUCAGCUCCACGCAGGUACCUGUGAUCCGUGGACGCUGCUGGGACAAUGCUGCGCGACGCAGCUUCUUCUCUCGGGACAACAUGGAGAAUUUCAUCCAAUUCUGCCGUAGACUUGGUGUCCAUGAGAAUCUCAUCUUUGAGAGUGAUGAUCUUGUACUGCACAACCAGCCCCGCAGUGUCGUCCUGUGCCUGCUGGAAGUGUCACGGCUGGCAGCUAGGCUGGGGGUGGAGCCAGCAGGUCUCGUGCAGUUGGAACGCGAGAUUGCUGAAGAGGAGCAGCGAGAGCGAGACGACUCGCUAUUAUCCUGGCAGUUCCGUGCCUCGCCGGCACUCACUCCACGUGCGUCACCUGACAAGAUGCGACAUAGCAGCUCAUCAUCAGCCAUCUCAAUGUCAGCGACUGGCAAUCGAUGGGGGAAGGGGCGGCCGCGUAGUGGUGACAGGCGAAGCCUCAUGCUGGAUUCAUCGGCAUCACCACCACACGAUGCACGGCGCACCGUUAGUGAGGGUCAUGCAGCGAGCGACGGAGUACCGAGUGAUGCCACUGAAGUUGAUGAUGACUGGUCACGUGGCAGUGCUGAUGCAGAUGGUGAUGCUGACCACGAUGAUGCUGAUGGCGAGUUGGAGUUAGAUGGUGAUGGCAGCCGUGCAGAGGAUGUUACAGAGCUUGACCGCAAGGUACAGCAAGCAACACGCCUAGCACAACGUCAGUGUCACUGUCCAUCUGGCAGGUGCCCUAAGCUCAAGGUCAGAAAGGUCGGGGAGGGAAAAUACAAUAUUGCUGGCAGGAAUGUCUUUGUGCGGCUGCUGAAAGGCCGGCAUAUGAUGGUGCGAGUGGGAGGAGGCUGGGACACACUGGACCACUUUCUACUGCGCCACGACCCCUGCCAGGUGAAGGGCCAUGAUAAAAAAAGAUCUAAAAGUCCUGAUAAAAGAACACUUCAAGCCACAGUUGCAACUGCAAUAAACUAUAACUGAAGUACAACUACCAUAUUCAGCUGCAACAACUGUUUACUUUCAUCAGUAUAACAAGACUACUGUUGAAUAAGGAAUAUAACAGUGUAAAAUGACUUUCUCCUCUAAAUGGACUUCAAUUAUUGAAUUUGAUGAGAAUUCCACAUUCUCAGCACAAAUAUAUCCAAGAUUAAAUUUAUGACUGCUUUGCUUCAUUAUGAAACUAUCUUGCGUAUUUUUCUCUGUAUUAUAUACUUUUAACAAUUGUGCAUGUGUCAACUGUUUCACACAUACAUAGAAUGUGAAAUGCAUAU